UUAAAUGUUGAGUCCUGAUUCUUCUGAAGGUUUAAGGUUUUUCUCUCUGUAACACGUGUCCUGUGGAUUUAAAGCACAUCUGCCUCAAGUCGAGUCACAGUUGAGUCUUAAAGGACGUUUUGAAAUGGCGAUAUCUCAGAAAGGUGUCGAGAUGCCCCGUCUGAGUCGUGGUCCUACUCUGAACACCGAGGAUUUCCCAGACACAGUGCACAUUAAAGAGGAGCCAGAAGAAGAGUGUAUCAAACAGGAGGAAGAGGAAGUGAACAUCAAACAUGAGGACGACGAAGAGAGCGUCAAAAAGGAGGAGGAGCAGCUUCAAGUCUGUGUCCCUGAGUCCAGUUCUGUGUGUGUGAAGAAAGAAGAGACCUCACUGCUUCAACAAAGAGAGGACACACAGGGAGAGGACAUCAGCUCAGAGACUGAGGGAGACACAGAGCACUCUUCUGACAAUGAUGAAGAAUGGAGAGCUCCAUUCAGCUGUUCAGCUGCACAGAUGGAGACAGAGGCUAACGGAGACCGCAACAACCAAGUCCAAUUCAGAGCCAGAAGUACCACUUCACCAAACUCAGAGCGCUUAUCCCUGUCAAGACAAGAAAUGGAGUUACUUUGGUCAUUUGAUGGAAACAACUCUGAGGUGGAAGAUUUAUCAGACAUCGAUGAUGCUGUGGGGAAUCCUGAAUAUCAACCCUCACGACAGGAGCAAAGCAGCAGUGAGGAGGACAGUGAGUGUGAAGACUCCAGUCCACAAACCUCUAAACCUGACAGGGGACAUAAACGCAAAUGUGAUGAAUAUGAAGGAUAUCGUUCAGAUCGCAACUUUGCCAGACGUCGCUCUCGGACAGAGCAGGAUGAGGGUGAUGACUCAAACAAUGUCCCUGAAGAGACAACACCAGGACCAAACCAUCAUCAUCAUCAUCAGUCCCACAAAGGGAGUGGGAUGCGAUGGAAGGCUUGUCGGCUAACACCAAAUCAGGCCCAGUUUGAGCAUGAGGAUGAAAAUGUGCAGGACAGAGAGGAGUGGAGCCCACUGGACUACAUAAAACACUAUAUUGAUAAAGAUUUGAUGAAAACUAUUGCCCAUUGCUCUAAUGCUACAUCUCUGGCUAAAAGUGGGGUCCCACUCAACACAUCAACUGAUGAAAUUUACCAUUAUUUUGGUGCGUGUAUUUUGAUGUCUUGUGUACCAUAUCCUGAAAUUAGGAUGUACUGGUCAAAAGUCUUGAGAUUCCCUGCCAUUACUGAAAAAUUCACACGAGACAGAUUUUUCAGACUGAGGAGUUCACUGAAAGUGCUCAUUGAUGAUGACGUUCCUGAGGAUCUAAAAACAUGUGAUCAGUUCUGGAAGGUGAGACCUUUCCUGAACCGCAUUCUGCAAGGCUGCAAAUCUCAGGCUCGACCUGAAUGUGUUUGCAUUGAUGAGCAGAUGAUUGCAUUCACAGGAGCUUGUCCGUAUCGACAAUAUCUGCCAAUGAAACCAAACCCAGUUGGCAUGAAAAACUUUGUUUGUGCAACAACAGAUGGUCUUGUGCUGGACUUUGAAAUUUAUCAAGGUGUAGAUGCACUCCGUGAGCAGCUUCAAGAACCAGAGGAUCUAGGUUUGGGAGGCUUGGUGCUAGAUCGCCUGUCUCAGACUCUUCACCCUCAUACACGUGUUUACUGUGAUCGGUUCUUCACAUCCAUCCGUAGUGUGGAACACAUGAAGAAUAAGCAAAUCUAUGUAACUGGUACAGUCAUGAAGAGUAAGGUCACUGCAGCAGUGGAGAAGCUGCCCACUGACAAAACAAUGAAAAAGGAUGGAAGAGGUACCUCAGCACAAGUUACCACUGAGGAUGGAACGAUUUGUGUUUUAAAAUGGUACGAUAACAAACCAGUACUGAUGAUAUCUGCUGUUCAUGACAGAGAACCAGAAGACACCUACCAGAGAUGGGACAAAAAACUGAAACGGCUCGUGACCAUCUCACGACCAAGUAUUGUCCGUGAAUACCGUUCCAAGAUGGGCGGAGUUGACCUUGUUGAUAGAAUAAUGAGUUACUAUCGCAUGAGUGGGCAUACAAAGAAAUGGACACUACGGAUGAUGAUGCACUUUACAGAUCUGGCUUUAGCCAACAGCUGGCUCCUGUACUGCAAAGACCGCACUGCAUGUGGCAAACCAAAGAAGAACAUCAUGCAGUUCCUUGAAUUUCGUAUGGAAGUGGCCAUGAGCUUCUUGGCACAGCACGACAAUGAGAACUCUGACUUUUCAGAGUGUGAAAAUGAUCCAGACAUUUUAGUCCAAGGGAAAAGGCGUCCAGUCCUGGCAGUGCCCCAUGUUUCAGUCCGCAGGAAGGCUAAUGCACAUCUGCCAGAGGUGGUAAACCUGAAGAAUGCAGUGCGCUGCAGAGCAAAAGGCUGUUCAGGGAAAACUCGAGUGCAGUGUGUUACAUGCAAGAUGUUCCUCUGCUUACAGGCAGAUCGCAACUGUUACAUCGCCUUUCACACAUAGGUGGACAGCAGUGACGUGCAGUCAGGGGAGGCCUCACCUGUCAUCACAGAGAAAAAAAUUAGCGGAGAGGCACAAGCCGUUUGUGCCUCACUAUGGACUGACGGCUGUAGCUCAGCAGUGACACCUACUGCAGCUGUGAAAAGGCGUCGGGUGAGGCACGUAGUCCCCUGGCCUCAUGGUAGGGGGCGCUCGUGAGCCCACGGAUUCUUGCAACUCCCGGGACAGCAGAAUAAAUAACAGCAAGCUACAAUUUAGAGUUAGCAAGUCAAGUUUAGCAAUCUGUUCACUUUUUUCUUCUUGU